AUGUAAAACGAGAAGUAAAAGGAAGACAUAAUCAGAGAUUUUACAUCAGGAGAAUUAGAGUAAAUGCUUAUCCAAUCGAAUAAGAACAACUAAAUAGAAGUUGUAAGCAUUCUGCUAUGUGGGCAGAGUUCUGUAGUUACUGGAAUGUACUAUACAAGUGGUAUUCUUACAAAGAUAGAAAAGGAAUGUCAGAGACUAUCUAAAAAUAGCUCCUAAAUGCUAAAACUAAUGAAGAUAAGUGUAGAUCAGAAUAAUGACUUAUCUUACUCUCAAGUUGAGAAUAUUUACACUUCUCCUAAAGAUUCUCAAUCUGAUAAAUCAUAGAUACUGACUCGAAUGAGAACUUCUGAUGAUAAAGUUCAAUCAAAUCCAUUCAAUUAUAAAACAUAGCAAAGCACAUAUGACUAACUGCAUAGUUCAUACAGCCAUUCUAACAACACUACUUCUUAAGGCAAAAAUUCAGUACUCUACUAAAGUAGCUAAGUGGCUUCUAAAUCCAAUUUAAUGCAAUCCAAGUCAGGCAAGAAAACCACUUCCACUGUGGAAAGAGACCUCUCCCUUAAGGAAAGCGAGAAGAAGAUCACACUACCUUCAAUUAAUAACAACCAUCUAAGUCAAGACUACUCUCGUGUGUCAAUUUAGUUGAACAAUGGAGUACCUACCAAUAAUAUAGGAGUUAAUAUUGAAAAUAGCGAGAAAAUGUCAAAGUACAGAACGCGGAUGUCAAAUGAGAAGUAUUUCAUUAAAAAGGUAAGGCAGCAGAGCCUACAAACUGAACAGAAAAAGUAGAGCUCUUUAAAAAUUGCCAAAAAUUAAGCCAAUACAAAGUUUGAAAGACUAGAAAUAUGA